AGUGUUUUGGUCAUGAUUUGGUGUUCCUGUACAGAAGCUGACUGUCGGUUAUUGCCAAGCGUAAUGCAACAUUUACAUGUGUGAUAGGCAAACUGGGUCUUUCUACUUUAAUCCAGUUGGCCUAUAUGAGAAUGCAAUAUGUUUUCCUAGUUUCGGAUUCCCCGUCAUGACCUCACCGGGCCGCCGCUUCAGUUGAAUGGGAUCCCUCAUCGCCUGUCUGUCGCUCGUUUUGGCACCGACUGUCUCUGCUGCCGCCUCCGCCGCCUCUCCAAGCCCCGAUUUUAGGAUCUGUGAGCAUUUGGUCUCUCGAAUCAGUUUAUUAAUGCUUUGAUGUGAAACCCGCCUGUCUGAUCGGCAGUAGAGCAGCGACGACGCCAAAUCUCUGGUAGUCUGCGUGUCAGGGCCAUGGGGGGAUCCAAGAGUAAGCCCAAGGAUGUAGGGCAGCGAACCCGCAGCCUUGAUGGCCACCUCAGCUCUGGGGGAGGGGCUCACCUCAACUCCAAUCAACCAUCCUUAACACCCAAUCGUAGCCCUACUCUGGAUGGAGGUCUCAGUGGCAAUCCUUCCAGUAACGCAGAGCUGGCCCUGUUUGGAGGUGUGGACAAUAAUAGUGUCACCUCUACGAACAGAAUCACACAAGCAGUCGGCGUAACGACCUUCGUGGCAUUGUAUGACUAUGAGUCUAGAACAGCCUCAGAUCUGUCAUUCAGGAAGGGUGAACGUCUCCAAAUAGUCAACAACACAGAGGGGGACUGGUGGCUGGCUCGCUCCCUGACCACGGGAGAGAGCGGUUAUAUCCCCAGCAAUUAUGUGGCUCCAUCCGACUCCAUCCAGGCAGAAGAGUGGUACUUUGGCAAAAUCACACGCCGCGAUUCUGAGAGGCUGCUACUAAGUUUAGAGAACAGGAGAGGGACUUUCCUGGUGCGAGAGAGUGAGACCACUAAAGGUGCCUACUGUCUGUCUGUAUUGGACUAUGACAACACCAAAGGGCUGAAUGUGAAGCACUACAAGAUCAGGAAGCUGGACAGCGGCGGUUUCUAUAUCACAUCACGCACACAGUUCAGCAACCUGCAGCAGCUUGUCAAUCACUAUCGCAAGCAUGCUGAUGGACUGUGUAACAGUCUAACAGACAUUUGUCCUGUACUGAAGCCUCAGACUCAGGGCUUGGCCAAGGAUGCCUGGGAGAUCCCGAGAGAGUCCCUCCGUCUUGACCUCAAGCUUGGGCAGGGCUGCUUUGGAGAGGUCUGGAUGGGAACAUGGAACGGUACAACACGGGUGGCAAUAAAGACUCUGAAGCCUGGCACUAUGUCCCCUGAAGCAUUCCUCCAAGAAGCUCAGGUCAUGAAGAAACUGAGACAUGAAAAGCUGGUUCAACUCUAUGCUGUGGUAUCCGAGGAACCGAUCUACAUUGUCACAGAGUACAUGGGACAAGGUAGUUUACUGGAUUUCCUGAAAGGUGACAUGGGCAAGAUUCUUCGACUCCCCCAACUGGUAGACAUGGCCUCACAGAUUGCUUCAGGGAUGGCUUAUGUUGAGAGGAUGAACUAUGUGCACAGAGACCUCAGAGCUGCUAACAUACUGGUGGGAGAUAACCUGGUUUGCAAAGUGGCAGAUUUUGGUCUGGCUCGCCUCAUUGAGGAUAAUGAAUAUACUGCCAGGCAAGGAGCCAAGUUUCCCAUCAAGUGGACGGCUCCUGAGGCUGCUCUGUAUGGCCGCUUCACUAUUAAAUCUGAUGUCUGGUCGUUUGGUGUCCUGCUGACUGAACUGGCCACCAAAGGCAGAGUGCCCUAUCCAGGUAUGGUGAACCGGGAGGUGUUAGAUCAGGUGGAACGUGGCUACAGGAUGCCGUGCCCAGCAGAGUGCCCUGAAUCCAUGCAUGACUUGAUGCUGACCUGCUGGAGGAAAGAGCCAGAGGAGAGGCCCACCUUCGAGUACCUGCAGGGCUUCCUGGAGGAUUACUUCACGUCCACAGAGCCUCAGUACCAGCCAGGAGAGAACCUGUAACUUGGCUGAAUGUGGAAAAGUGCAUGCGUCCUGCAUGUGCAAAACUGAGCAUGUGCAUCUACUUCAGAGUGCAUGGACAAGUAAAAUAUGUUUGAGGGUAUGUAUGUACAGUAUAACUGGGCAGAAAGCCAACUCCAUUCUGGGUACAAUCAAUAACUCUGGUCGGUGGGACAUCAAACCAAUCAGCUACAGUUCAGUUCUUGCCUCCUUUCCAAAGUCAUCGUCAUGCUCUCCAACAUGUCUGCUCUGAGGAACUAAAGACUAAACUGUGGUUUACUUUGGUUGUCAGUCAACACCCUACACAGCCAAGCAGGUUUAUCUACCUACCUUGAGUUUGUAAGGUCCCCUCUUCCUGUGUUAUUUUUCCUGACUGACCUUGUAGUUUGCCAGUAACACCACACUAUGAUAUAAAGGACUGCAUCUGAGUCCAGAGAAUGAAUUGGAUCCAAGUAUUGUCCUGCUGAAAGCACCAUUUCAGGAUGUCUAUUUUUACUACAUUUUGUUUGGGAUACACACAUGCUGUCUUCCAUUUUGAGAAGCAACUAUAUAGGACGUACAAUAAUUUGUCAUGAUAUUGUGGGUCUAAAACUGUUUUAUUUUGUUAUUAGACCUGGAUCAACUGGAAUAUUUUCAAGUGAACAAUUUUAUUAUCUAACCACGCUUCUCCCUGUGCAACAUUGAGACUAGUUUGCCAACUGCUGUGAGAUUUUGUGAGACCUUGAUUACCAUGAGUGUCUAGUCUAGUCUCACUCACCAAUUGGACAAACUGGUUUAUUGCUGUGAUCAACCUACAGCUCAACACAAAGAAGAGAAGAUGCGGAGUCUGUCUCUCUAUUUUCUAAUUGUGACUUUUCUUACAAACAAAUGGCUACUGAUCACCAAUGGUCAUCUCAGGAUGGAGAAGACUAGAAUUCUGCUGCAAGAAUUUUUGUGCCAAUGAAAAUCUCUUUUGUACAUUACUGUGUAAAAGUGUAUUUUCCUACUCUGAAUUUUUCAUACAAUGAAGUUUGAGUUGUGUAAGCAGAGGUACUGCUGCAGUUCUGAAAGGAUAAUCCACUGUUUUGAGAUCCUGUACCUGUGUACAGUACCAGACAGCUUUCGCCAGCAUGGUUUUAUGAUGCUGUUUUGUUUUCAAGCAUUUAAAUCAGGUGAAUCUUCUUUCAUGUCUACUUUCAGUCCUGUCCUUUUACUAAUAGGAAGACUUCUAUUAUUAAUCAGUAUUUCCCUAAUUACUGCAUCUUUAAGCACAAUCGUACACUGGAGAUAUUGUGUUUGUGUUCUCAGUGAAGAUAAUAAAUGAGCAACAGAGUGAUAACAGUGCUGAGUAUGGUUAUGCCUUCCUCCAGCCUGUAGAAGGAAGACCAGAAAGUCUUCCCAUAAACAGAGUGUAUAGCAAAGAAAUUGGCAUCUUGAAACUUAAUUGUAAAUAUCCUUAAUGCUAAUGUUUUGUUUUUUUGUAUAUAUCAUCUUUAUAAUUUAUUCCUUUUAAAAUAACCCAAUUGUUUGUUCAAACUUUAAUGUUUAUGGUACUAUUAUGGGUUACAUAACAUCUGACAACAAUGAUAUAAUAUAUAUAUAUAUAUAUGAUAGAAACACUUACAUUACAAGUAUGGGUUUUUUGUGCACGUAUUUCUGUGAAACUUAUCCUGGUUGUACAUUUUCAAUAUGACUGACAGAACUGGUGAGUAAAAACAGUUCUGUAUUGCCAGAUACUGAUCAUCUACCAGCAUUACUCCUUACCCAUAAUACAAUCAAAACCACAAAUGUUUACAUCGUGAUAAUCUUCUAAUCAUUUUGGUGCUGCUUCAGAGGCUGGUAAAUGAGCAGGUAAUCAAAUGUCAUUCUUGUUAAACUGUUUUUUCCACCUGACCAACUUCCAUGACCUCUCCAGCUUGGAUUUCAUAAAGCACUACUGAUAAUGAUUAAAGUACCCCAUACAGAGGAUGAUGUGACUGCUACGAAUGGAGUUUGAUAUCUGUGUAGCGUCUGCUAAGUCCUGUGGACAAAGAUCACGCCACAUUGACCUGUAAUGGGUGUAGUCAGGUUGUCUGGCCCCGUCCCGUUCAUUUCCUGACCAGUCUCACGGAGUGCUUGUGAGCAAAAAUAUGGGGACAAAUGCACGAAAAAGGUCAUAUUGUUGGUAUGCAGCCUCGCUUACAUGCCAAGGACAUUUCCUGUGGGGUUCCGUGGGUCUUUUUCUGGCUAUGCAGAUAUUUUUUUAAUUCUGUGAUAUUCAUACAUAAAUAUAUAUACUCUUUUCUACUGUAUUCAAUGGGAAUUUUCAGAUAAAUAGUUCUUUGUUAAAUCCUACUGAAUAAUGUUAAAAUUUGAAAGAACGUUUGAAUAAAAUUUGUAUAUUGCCA